CGCGGAGAACUUUUAUUUUGAAGUUUUUCGAAAUUCGGUGACCCAGAGGUGCUUACACUUUCAUUUGGAUUAGCAAAUUGUAGCUACAACAACAAUUCAUAAAUUUAUUGAGCAACAAACACCUUCAUACGGAGCAUAACUGCUAGUUCAAUCAAACAUAAGACGCAGACCGCAAUUUGUGACUGGAUUAAAGCGAAAGAAGGACGAAGAGACGGAAAAAUAUAGAUACUAAUUAGCUAGCUAACGUAAGGCUAGCAGCAAGCUGACACAUGAAUUCUCUCGUUGGCUAUGGCGUGUCCUCUGAUUCUGACAGCGAUGGGGAUAUUGGAAACAACAAUAAGACUGAGAGCAAGGUGGAUGGAGAGACCCAGAAGAAGGGCCGCAAUUUCCUCCUAGAGUCCGGGUCAGCCUCCAGUGAUUCAGACUGUGACUUCGACCCAGAGGAAGAGGGAGACCCCGUAUCUCAACUAAAACCUAAACGCCCUCCUCCUGCCUGUAUGGCACCGCCCUCUGAGUCCCGGACCCCUCUCCUCCCCGCACCCCCUAGUUCCCUCUCCCACAAACUCCCCCCUCCACCCCUUGGGGCCUCGUCCAAGAGUGGCGUAUUCGCCAACCCCUUCAAGGCGCAAGCCGACCAGAGGCUCAACGUCUUGCAGAAGCACGUCCCUCUCACUCUGCUGGCCCGGCCCUCCCAGAUAGGAGGCAAGAGGAUGUGCGUGGCGUACAGGAAGGACGGACGCUGCAGGUUCGGGAUCAAAUGCAAGUUUGCCCAUGACAGCGACCUCCAGAGCUCCAUCAUUCCCAAUGACUAUGACCCCCCUGCGGGUGACGAUCCCAGAUCGGACCAAGCUGACCCCAACGAGGGGGGCUUUUCAUACAUGGGUCGCCAGAACUUUCACCAAAACCAGGGAGGAGACCCUGAAGAGGAGGGUCAGCAGUCUAGGAAGAGGAGAGUAGGGCUGAGUAACACCCUAGUGCCUCCUAAAAGGUCAAUGAAGAAUUAUGCAAUGCAGAGGAAGAGAGAACAGGUCAAAUUGAACUGAGUGACUUGCAAAGGGAUACUGUCAGCAGCAAUACUGUGUGUGUGUGUGUGUGUGUGUGUGUGUUCACAUCGUUUUAGUGUGUGACAGAGAAAAUGGGAAUGUGUUCCAAUUUUUGUACCCUUAUUCUGCACUCAUUUACUCCCCCUCAUGGAUGUAAAAGGAAUGGACUGGUGUAAAAUAGGGUUUAAACUUCUCCCUACCCAUGAUUACAUCACUGUAAUGGAGUGAGCACGUGCAACCUUCUGUUAGAAGAGAAGAUAAUCAGACCACAGCCAGAGAGCAUUCUAUAGGAUACCUAUAGCACACUUCCAAACUUCUGUUCAGUCCAGUACAUAUACUUCAGAUUGGUAGUUUCUACAUGAAACGUUUUUUGUAGUUUCAUUGAAAACGUAUAUUCCUUUCUGUAAGAAACUGUCCAUUGGAAAUAUAAGCUACAAUUUAUCAUUGUUAAAUAAAUGCUUUAAAUGUUUAA